UCUUAGCAUUAUGCCGCCAUGCCUACAGACAUAUACAGCACUCGGUCACUGACACACGUGGUUGCUUUGUGUACAAGUACGUAGCAGCUUCUAUUUGAUAUAGGUGAAAAUUCAUGAUUGAGACCACUUACAUUGUAGAAAAAAGACUAACGGAGGAUUGACGAAGUGUAUGAAUUAAACUACAGAGCACACUGCUGUUUAUUAUCAGGAUUUUGUACAGAUCAGAUAUUUGAUCGGAAGAAUCGGUCUCCAGUCGGCAAUAUGUCUGCUAAUCAGAAAGAAUACUCUGCAGUUGACCAGGCGGAACCGUCGGCGGAUGUAGCUAGCACAUCAGAAGCAGCAAGUAGUGGGGAAAGUAACAACAAAAUAGAGUUGAAACCUAAAAUCAGCUUGGUUAAUGCUUGUACUAUUAUUGUGGGCAGCAUUAUAGGCUCUGGCAUCUUUGUUAGCCCCAAAGGAGUUCUGGCUGAAGCAGGCAGUGUUGGACUGUCUCUCAUCAUCUGGGCAUUAUGUGGUAUAUUUUCACUAAUUGGGGCGUAUUGUUAUGCCGAAUUAGGAACAAUGAUCAAGAAGUCUGGUGCAGAUUAUGCUUACAUAUUUGAAGCAUUUGGACCAUUUCUAGCCUUCCUAAGACUGUGGGUUGAAUGUUUGAUCAUUCGUCCCUGUUCAGCAGCAAUUGUAUCACUGACAUUUGCCAAUUACAUUAUAGAGCCUCUUUUCCCUGACUGUGAACAGCCUGCAUCUGCUGUCAGAUUGUUGGCAGCCUUCUGUAUAUUAACUCUAACUUUUAUCAACUGUUUUGAUGUAAAGUGGGCGACACGUGUGCAAGAUGUCUUCACCUAUGCCAAGGUGCUUGCCUUGAUUCUUAUCAUCAUCACUGGAUUUGUACAGAUUGGAAGAGGGUACUAUGAAAAUUUUCUGGCUCCAUUUGAGAAUACAACCAAUGAUGUUGGAGCAGCAUCUCUUGCUUUCUACUCAGGGCUGUUUGCAUACAAUGGCUGGAAUUAUGCAAAUUGUGUGACAGAGGAGUUAAAGAAUCCCGAAAAGAAUCUCCCUAGAGCCAUAUGGAUAUCUUGUAUCCUGGUGAUGUUUGUGUAUGUUCUUGCCAAUGUAGCCUAUUUCACCACAGUCACCCCCAAGGAACUCCUGGAGUCAUCUGCCGUGGCAGUGACAUUUUCCCAACGUCUGUAUGGAGUGAUGUGGUGGAUCAUGCCAGUGUUUGUAGCACUGUCUACCUUUGGAGGUGUCAAUGGCAUCAUGUUCACCACUGCCAGAUUGUUCUAUGUUGGCUCCCGUGAAGGACACAUGCCCAUGAUCCUCAGCACAGUACAAAUAAACCGACUGACCCCUGCACCAGCAGUCCUGUUUGUGGCACUGACCACUUUGUGUUACCUGGUGUCCACUGACAUGUAUGCUCUCAUAAACUAUGUUGGAUUUGUAACGUGGCUUGCCAUUGGUCUCUCUGUGGUGGCCUUGCUGUACUUCAGGUACAGUUGGCCAGAUGCCAACAGACCGAUUAAGGUGAGCUUAGUGUGGCCAAUAAUUUACACAGCAGCCUCUGUUUUCCUGGUCGUGGUGCCUCUGUAUGCCAGCCCAGUAGAAACUGGAUUUGGAUGCCUUAUCAUCGCUACUGGAAUUCCAGUUUAUUUAAUAUUCAUUGGCUGGAAGACCAAACCAAAGGCUAUUCAGAGUAAAAUUGAUGCCUGCACUCUCACUUUACAGAAGUUGCUUCUUGUUGUCCCAGAAGAAAAGAAAGAUAUCUAAUUAUGUUGAUGAUGGGUUUACAUGGUUGAAACAAUGUGUGUAAUGCACAUUUGCAUUUGGCUUCAUAGGUUAACUGAAGAAAUUGAUGACACGAUUUAUAUUGAAUAUUGUGAAGAGUGCAAAUGAAGUGACCCCUGAUGUUGAAUGUCUAAACCCAUCACCUCACACUCUCAGCCUUUGUAAUAACUGUGUAAACUUUUUCUGGUAAGUGAAAUAUUAAACAUUUAUGUAAGUACACAGGGUAUGAACAUUAGAAGCAGAGCCUUAUUCAUACUUUAGUGCAUCUCUUUAUUGUCUUUUCAUUAUUGAAAUAAGAAAGUAAAGGUAUGGUCUAGGUAAGGAUGAUUGUUUUAAAGAUCACUCUGUAUCUUUUAGGAAUGAGACUGAACUUUCAUUAUUUGUAUAGGUAGUAUAUAUUUAUACUUCACUAAUUAUUGUUUAAUUAAGAGUAUAUGUAGAUUUUAAAUAAUCUGAUUGAGCCAAAUGUAAUUUUGGAAUAAAGCAACUGAAUAGUGUAUUUGUUACUGUCAUCUAUAUAUAAUGGGCAGCUGAAAUGUAUUUUUGGUGCAAUUUCUUUAUAAAGAUAAAAAAUAAGAAAAUGUGAAAAUUCAUAAUUUAGUCAUAUGCAAGCAUUUAAAAGGUAGGUGGCCAGUUAAAAGAUUUUUGUAGCCUAUAUAAGACUCAAAAUCUUCAAGUUGCUUUCUUUAUGACAACUAUGUAUUGCUGAAUUAUGGAUAUGCAUUGCAAAUGUUUCAUUUUCAAGGAUUAUGUCUAGAUUUUCUUCGUGGCAGGCAAUUUUUGAUGGUCUGCUCGAAUAUAUUGGCAUACGAAACCACUCAAAUGGUUUUAAAAAUGGAAUAUAUUUUAUAAUAUAAACUUAUGUUAUGAAAUAUUUUAUUUGUUAUUCAGUACAUUGGUAUUUGUACCUACUUAAAUGUGUUUCAUUGUUUUUUGUUGUGCAAUUAUUUUCAAGUUCAGUAGCUAAUUUGAUUUUACAAACUUGAAUGAUACAGAAAAAUUAACACUUCCUAAAGUAAAUGUGUUCAUUAAUUGGAUGCCAGUCCAUUAACUUUUAAUGCCUUUUUAAAGGCAAAUGUUUUCAUGUUGUCAAAUAUCAUUUUUAAGUGUUUUUUGGAUUUAGAUAUACACCUGUUGCUGAUUUAUGACAAAUUCUUUUUUGUUGUGAACCAUCUUUACGAUUGAACAGUACAACUCCUAACCUCAGUUGAUAAGUUUUGUGGGAAUAUGUUCAGGAGUUUGAAAAAAGCCCAAGAUUGCAGUAAGUGUUGGUUAUGUAUGUAUUUUCAAAAUGAUCUGUUGGUAAGUUUGUGUUCAUUGAGCCAGUACCAUAUACUUGUGUGGUUCACUUGCAAUGUGUUCACGUUUUCUCUUUCAUGAUUGUUGUUAUAGGUAGCCAUGUUUUCUGUGCUGCUAGGUAGGCUCUAGCAUUAGUUACCCAUACAUACACUUAAAGGGAUAAUAACUCUUCGUUUCGGCCAAAAAAUGAAUUUUCCUGGAGUAAACAACAAUUUUCCCAUAC